CUAUGGAAGUCAGAGGUCUGCGUGUGUUGUUUUGCCUUCUCCUAAUUAACGCCUCAUUCCAGCAGAGCUCAUCUAAGAAAAAGGGUGGAAAGAAAGAUGCUGAAAAUAAUGUUGCAAUAGAGGAGUUGAAGAAACAGAUUGAUAACAUAGUGGUGGAGUUGAAUCUCCUGAAAGAACAGCAAGCCUUGCAAUCAGUAUGCCUGAAAGGCAUCAAGAUUAUUGGCAAGUGUUUCCUGGCCGAUGCAACCAAGAAGAAUUACCAUACAGCCAUUGAUGACUGCCUUGCUAAAGGGGGCACAGUGAGCACCCCUCUGUCGGGGGAUGAGAAUGAUCAGCUCUUCGACUAUGUCCGCCGGACCAUCGGCCCAGAGGAACACAUUUGGCUGGGCGUGAACGAUAUUGUGACUGAGGGGGAAUGGAUAGACCAGACAAGCACCAGUCUGCGUUUUAAGAACUGGGAGACAGACAUCACCCACCAACCAGAUGGGGGUCGUACUCAAAACUGUGCCAUCCUCUCCACCCCUGCCAAUGGGAAGUGGUUUGAUGAGAGCUGUCGUGCUGAGAAGGCAUCUGUUUGUGAGUUCAACAUUGUGUGAAAGCCAUGCUUUUUCUUUUGUAUUAGCUUAAACAUUACACUAUAUAAGCCUAUAAGGUGAGCAAAUAACCUCUGUAAUAUCUGUACUAUACCCAGGGGUGAAAGUAAAUGCAGUUUUCUUGCCAGUAGUGGAUCUCCUUUACAUACAGGAUAAUCACUAUUAAUGUAGUAGCCUAUGAUCUCUGCCGGCCUAGACUUAUUAGUCAUAAUAUUAAUAUUAUCAUAUAUUAGCUUGAAUGGCAUGAACACAAAUUCAAGAUUUCUUUUCAUCUGAUUGUCAAACAAUUAGCAAGGUGUUCCCAGGAAAGUUUGUCUUAUCCAAAGUAAUUCCAGCAUCUUAAAACUGCAUUAGCGACCAGCAAAUUGAAUGAAUUGGAAGAUAUUUGUAAAAAACAAAACCAGAGAAAUGACAUUCGAUGUCCGUUUGACUACACUUGUACCCUGAAUUGAUGCAUCCACUCCUGUGCACGAGAAUCCAUUUGGCCAUGUAUUUUUCUUGGCAUUUGGUUUUAAUGAUUGGAGUGGUCAUAUUUUAACAAGCAUGUCAUACCUAUGGAGGUACAUUUGUGUAUUUUUGUCAGUACAUUUGCAGUUAAAUAAUUUGUAACAGAGCACAAUACUUUUUGCAAUACAGUUACUGCCCACUUUGAUUGCAGUGCUUGUUUUUUUUACUUUUGAAACUUUCUUUGACUGAAGAACUAGUUCUUCAUUUGCACUUUUGACCCCACAGCUGUGGUCGGGCUUUAGUGGGAGGUGUGGAUGGUGCUUCUCCAUUGGCCAGUAAUUUUUUGUGUGUUAGUUUGGCUACAACUAAUACUGUUCAGCAUUUCUUUCCGACACAAACAAAGUCAUAGUGGACACCUACCUACGAACUUGUACCUAGAAGCAUCUCAGGUAAGCAUCACUGAGCUUUCUUCCAUCCAAUUUCCUAUGAUUCGGUGUUGGUUCAUUAUGUUCUACUAUAUUACAUACAUUGCGUAGAAGACAAUAAGAUAAAUUAUGCAAAAAAACUAACUGUUCCACUGUCAUGAAAUAUGAAUUAUAUAUCAGCUUAUGAAACAAAUAGGACAUGGUCUGAGUUACCGUGAAUGAAAGAAAGGCGAAUUGGCGAAUGAAAAUGUUGAGAACAGACGUUCGUAGCUAAAUGCACUUGGUUAGCUUUAGAAUAAUAAUUGCAUGAUUUUUCAUUCUGCAGUAUGUAUGUAUGUAAUGUAAUACUGUAAAACGUUAUGAACUGACAAUGAAUCGUAGGAACUACAGUGGGGCAAAAAGGUAUUUAGUCAGCCACCAAUUGUGCAAG